AUGGCGGACCCACCCGCGGGAGGGCCCGAACCCCCUCCCACAAACACCCAAGAAAGCAUCACCAGUUUCUCAGUCGAGGAUUUCCAGCCCCGAAUUUCGAUUGAGACAGCCCAGAUCAUAGGAAAAAGGACGAGAAAUGGCGAAGUUUACACGCCCACCGAAGGAACGGGCCGGAUCACCACCAGAGAGGUGUGGAAGCUUAUCGACAGCCUCAAGGACAUUAUCCACCGCCAGACGACCCUCAUCGAGUCCACUAAAGCCGACCUAGAGGAGGUCAAGCACGACCAGAACGUCCUCCGAGAACAGAAUGAUAAGCUGCAUGAAGAAGUCAGAGCCCUACGAACACAAAUCGAAGCCAACCCACAGCCAAACCCGCCCAGAACAUGGGCAGCGAUAGCCGCCAGCGGCACCGGCGAACCGCAGCCGAGCCUCCGACGACCUGAGAAAGACCGGAACUGCAUCCGCAUCAGCACACAGAGAUCAUUCGUCGACCCGAGAGAUAGUGAGAACAGCGAAGGAGAUACCUUUGGGCGAUAUCUCUCCACCGACUCCGCUAACACCCAUAUCCGCUCUGCGCUGUUGAGCGCCCCUUCGACCCAGGAUGCACAAGUGGCCGGUAUUGGCACCACGAAAACGGGAUACUUGAUUCGCUUCAAAGACCCAGAGUCGGCUGACGCAGCCCGCAAUAACACUGAAUGGCUGAAUGAGCUAGGAAACAACACAAAGCUAGUCAAGCCAAGAUUCGGUGUAGUCGUACACCGUACUCCGACCGAGGACUUCGACUUGGAGAACGCGAACGAUCAAGCGAUCCAAAAAAUCAUGGAAGACAACGAUCUAGCGGAACUGAACUUCCAGAUUGAAGAGCUAGCGUGGCUCAAGCGGAAGGACAAGGUGCUAGGGAAGUUCGCAUCGCUUGGCAUCUGGUUCGACUCCGCAGAAGGAGCCGAUUACAUCCUUGACCGCGGCCUCCUUGUUGGACAAAGACAAAUCGGCAGCGUGGAACGCCGGAAACACCACGGUGUGGACACUGCGCGGGUCAACACGAACGGCAACGAUGCCCCCCAGGAGUGA